UAACGAAAGCAGUAGAUCGAGGUGCUUGAUCAGCUCUUGAUUUCUAUGGCAAGCAAGAUCGACAUUCAAAUACCCACCUUUGCAUCUCCUACUAAUUUGAUGGAGAAAAAAAUCCUUGACCUAUUUCAGAGGUGUCACAUAUAUACACACUUAUUAAACAUCAAAGAUUUCUGAGGACCUAGAUGAUAUUUUUCAUAGUUUAAGGACCUACGUGACACCUUUAAAAUAGUUUAAGGACCUAGGAUGCACUUCACUCCAUUCAACAGCUGCCAUUUUACAGCAGUACUAAAGUCAGACAUCCUAUUCCUAAAAGAACAGUCAGACAUCCUAAAUUUUGGCCAACAAUACAUUUAAAAAUAUUUGGAUUGGAUACUUGGAUAUAUAUGUAUAUGUAUUUUUUUCUUCAAAAGUAUUUUCUCAGCAUAUGCCUGCAAUGUUUAUUGGACUUUAUAAAUAUAUGUUAAAAAUUAGUGGUCAAACUGCAUUGUGUUUUUGGAGUAAGUUUCUGUGUUAUAAAUAUAUGUUGCAACGUGGAAAAUAUCUUCCACGCGGAAUAGUAAACUUUGCAAAAGUUACAUUUAAACUUUUUGGAACUUUGUGACGAGACACGUUGCCACAUGGCAUCCUCACACUGGAUUGAAUUUUCCCAAUCAUGUAUCUUUACGCUUGAACCGAGUAACUUGAUAAAAGUGUACUUUGAUGGGUGUGAUAUUUGUAAAGCGAGUGAAUCAAAGUUGCCAGACUUUGAUUGAUCCUUUGGCAUAGCACAGAACAAUUUGCUUGCAUGUUUGGGUUUGGUUAGCAUAUUCUUUUCCGUUCCAUCACUUCCGGUUUCAAUUCCCUCAGGCUUCAGAUUCACAAAUUCCCACAGCCCUUAAUCUGCAUCAUUGGAAAAAGUAGGCAUUAGAGAAAAUCUUCGGCACUAUUAUUCCAACUCAGACACCUUAAUCUACAGCAUAACGUUCCAUAAACCUCCACAAACACAGAGCAACAACAACAGAAGAAAGAUUAAGUGUGCCACCAGGUGCACUAUAUAUAUAGUAGUGCUACUCGUGUUAGAACCACACCUUGCCAUACAAACAUGGCGCUCUUCUCUGAUGAUGAUGCGUCCCAAUAUCAAAUUAGGAGCAGCAAAAAUAUGACCUAUAAGGUGAGAGGGGACAUGAAGAAGCUCCUCCCAGUCACCACCUUCUUCCUCGGCGCGGCGUUGACAGCGGCGUUGGUCUUCCUCAAUGCUACACUGGAUGUGAACUGGCGGCCCUCCGCCCUGGCCUCAUGGGGCACUGGUACUCAGCCAGCCUCCAACCCCAAGACGAAAGCAUUGACAGAACUGGCAGAGGUGCUGAAGAACGCAUCCAUGGAGGACGGCACGGUGAUCAUGACGUCAAUCAACCAGGCGUACGCUGCUCCAGGGUCCCUCCUGGACCUCUUCCUGGAGAGCUUCCGGGUGGGCGAGGGCACUGCACACCUGCUGGACCACGUCCUGAUCGUGGCCGUCGACCCCGGCGCGCUCCGGCGGUGCCGGUCGGUGCACCGGCACUGCUACCUCCUCCGUCGCUCCCCGGGCGCCGUGGACUACAGCGGCGAGAAGCACUUCAUGACCAAGGACUACCUCGACAUGAUGUGGGGCAGGAACCGGUUCCAGCAGACCAUCCUCGAGCUCGGCUUCAACUUCCUCUUCACGGACAUCGACAUCAUGUGGUUCCGGAACCCGCUGCGGCACAUCGCCAUCACGUCGGACGUGGCGAUCGCGAGCGACUUCUUCAACGGGGACCCGGAGAGCAUGGGGAACCGGCCCAACGGCGGGUUCCUGUACGUGCGGUCGGCGAACCGGACGGUGGAGUUCUACCGGCGGUGGCGGCGCGCGCGGCGCAGGUUCCCGGCGGGGACCAACGAGCAGGAGAUCCUGGGGCGGGCGCAGGGGGAGCUGAGCCGGCGCUCCGGCGUGCGGAUGCAGUUCCUGGACACGGCGCACUGCGGGGGCUUCUGCCAGCUGAGCGGCGACAUGGGCAGGGUGUGCACGCUGCACGCCAACUGCUGCACCGGCCUCGCUAACAAGGUGCACGACCUCAGGAACGUGCUCAGGGACUGGAGGAACUACACGGCGGCGCCGCCCGAGGACCGGCGCGUGGGAGGCUUCCAAUGGACCAGGCCCGGCAGGUGCAUCCGCUGACGGAGCUGGCGCCGCAUCCGCGGCUGCCGGAAUGAUUCAUCGAAUUACACGACGUGUCCUUGUUCUUGUUUCUGCGUGGCAGUGGCCACCCGAGUUUAGAUUGAUGUUGUAGGAGUUCGCUGCAUGUUUGGUGUAUUUUGCAACGUCGGAUUUACUACGUAGUAGUACGUGUUUACUGAUAGGCGAAUGUAAGAAAAAUGUUAUAACGACUGUACCGUGCUCGAUUAAAUUAUCAGUAAUGCUAGAGCUACGGGCUAUUUGUACAUGGUUU